ACGUGUCAGGAAGGUGCCGGAAGCGCCGCUGUCGCUUCAAAAAUGGCUUACCAGACAAUCCGACAGGAAUAUUUUCAGAUUCCUAUCGUUACCAGAGCUUAUACCACCGCUUGCGUACUCACAACAGCCGCCGUGCAACUAGAACUCAUCACACCUUUUCAGCUUUAUUUCAACCCAGACUUAAUAUUAAAGAAUUAUCAGGUAUGGCGGUUAAUAACCAACUUCCUGUUUUUCGGUCCGGUUGGGUUCAACUUCUUAUUCAACAUGAUAUUUUUGUACCGGUACUGUCGGAUGUUGGAGGAGGGCUCCUUCAGAGGCAGAACCGCUGACUUUGUCUUUAUGUUUCUCUUCGGUGGCCUUCUCAUGACUAUAUUUGGCACAUUUGUAAAUCUUGUGUUCUUGGGCCAAGCGUUCACCAUUAUGCUGGUGUACAUAUGGAGCAGAAGAAAUCCGAACGUACGCAUGAAUUUCUUUGGCCUUUUGAAUUUCCAGGCGCCCUUCCUUCCCUGGGUGCUCAUGGGAUUCUCCCUGCUGCUGGGCAACUCCAUCAUUGUGGAUCUUUUAGGCAUUGCAGUGGGACAUGUUUAUUUCUUUCUGGAGGAUGUGUUUCCCAACCAACCAGGUGGUGGCAGAUGGCUAAGGACUCCUUCCUUUCUUAAAAUGAUCUUUGAUACACCAGAGGAAGAUGCCAACUACAACCCUUUACCUGAGGAGCGUCCCGGAGGUUUUGGCUGGGGAGAGGGUCAGCGACUUGGAGGAUAGACCCGGUGCUUUCGUGCCUGCCACUUAACAGACAUCCCUGAGAACAAGGAAAAAAUAUAUUUUUCCCAACUUGUUUCUCUUAUGCUGUACAAAAGAACAGGAGCUCAAUUUACUGAGCAAGAGGGGGACUUACAGUUUGUCUGAAAAGAAAUCAUCUGACUCAAAAUCCCUAAGAGUCAUAACGCUUCUGACAGCGGAAAUGGAUUUAGAAAAGGAACGGACUAUUGAUCUGUUGCUAUUGCCAUUUCUGUCCUGUGCAACAGUGUUUCCAAAUGAAGCAGCUGCGCAAGAAAAAUAUCUAUUGAUAGACACAAGGACAGUUGUAAUUUUACUUUUUUUUUUUUUUUAAUAAAUGUGUGUUAAAAAUGUA